UUUAAAUCAAGUCGAUCCAAACAAAAUGGAGUCCAGUUUCAGUUUCGACAUGAUAUGAAAUGUUGCAUUUAACAUAAAUUGCUCUUUUUAUGGUUUAUCCCGAUUCUUGCCCGUAACAGUUUAAAAGUCUUCUAUCUGUAGAAUAUGGCCGGCUUGCUUGGAAAUCUCUUUGAAGAAGAAGGGUCUGCCAGUGGAGAAAUUACCACUCGCAGUCACAAGUCAGGAAUUCCAGCGCCACCCAGACCAAGGGGACAAUGCCAGCUCAGCGGACUUGACAACCAAGGAGCAACUUGUUACUUGAAUUCACUGUUACAAACUUUGUUGUUAACACCUGAAUUCAGAGAUGGAUUGUUUUGUUUGAGAGAAGAUGAGCUUGGAAGAUUGUGUGAUGCUGACAACCCAAGAGCUAAGGUAAGGGUCAUACCUAUCCACUUACAGCGGUUGUUUGCACGACUGUUGCUGAAGAAUUGCCAAAGUGUAUCUACAAAAGAUCUCACUCAUAGUUUUGGUUGGAUUAAUGAUGAGCAAUUUUAUCAAAAUGAUGUUCAAGAAUUGAACCGUAUAUUGUUCAGUGCCAUUGAAAGCUCACUGGUUGGAACAAGUGGCUGUAACCUCAUCAAACAGCUUUACCAUGGCAAGAUUGUCAAUCAGAUUCGAUGUACUCAGUGUGGUAAAGUAAGUGAAAGAGAGGAAGAUUUUCUGGAUAUCCCUGUAGCAGUUGCAGGGCUUAACAGCCUAGAGGAAAGUCUACAUGUAGCGUAUCGGGAGGUUGAAAUGUUAGAUGGGAAAAACCAGUAUAGAUGUGGUGGUUGUAAGAAACUGGUUGAUGCUGAAAAGGGUGCUAAGUUAAGAAGUUUACCAUCCAUUCUCACUAUAUCGCUGCUACGAUUCAGCUUUGAUUUUGGGAAAAUGGAGCGAUUCAAGGAGACUGGAAAAUUCUCGUUUCCCCACACAGUCAACAUGCAACCUUACUGUGAAAAUGCAGCAGACGGGAAGGACCUAGAGUAUGAACUAUUCUCAGUUGUGAUUCAUAUAGGUGGAGCUGGAGGCGGGCAUUACCAUGCUUACGUCAGAGAUAUUGAUGGUCUUGGGCAAUGGGUUACUCCUGAAGAGGAGGAGAUUAUUGUGCCGACUGAUCCAUUUACUGGUACCGUUGACUUUAUAGAGUGUGAUUCUCCUAUAGACCUUGUACAAGUCAUACUGAGCAGAGAGAAGAAUAAGGGAAUGUCAGUAGACAAACUGGGACAGGAAAUACUCAAACAGACUGGUUUAUCUUGGAAUAAAAGAUUCAAGGGAAAAUAUGGCGCAAUUACAAAAUUCUUAACAAAGUACAACGACAAGUUUAUAUUUGAUCCUGUACACAAGCAUGUAUCUCUGCAAACAUAUGGACCAAACAGUGAAACACAAAACAGUCCUGCAAAGACUCAACCUGUUCCUUCUACUAGUGAAUGCACAUGUGAUAAAAAUAAAAAUAAAGCUAGUGAUGAAAACAGGGAACCAGAUAAACAGCAGAACCAGUCCAGUGAUAAGUCAUGUGAUAAAACAUGUGAUAAAUGUGCUAGGAAUUCUGGGAGUGACAGAAAUGAUCAGGGUGAUUCAAGGAAUGUGAAGAAAAGAAACGGGCUUUCAGAGAAGCCAAACCCUGGUAAAGCCUGGUUUGAUUUUAAUGACUCACAUGUACAUCCGAUAUAUGAGAAAGCGAUAGAGAAACAGUUCUCAGGCAGGGAGAGUGCCUACAUGCUGUUCUAUAGGAAGAAGUCUCUUGUUAGACCUAACAAAGCUUAUGAAUGCAAGACAUAUUGCAUGUCCGAGAAUCUUAUCACAGAAAUGAUGACAGAAAACUCACUACUUGAUGAGGAAAGGAAACAGUAUGACAUUGAGAUGAAUAAGUUAACACUGCAGAUACAUUUCUCGCGAUGUUACCAGUAUAGAGAGGGUGCCCUCAAACCUCGAGAUGGGAUGUUAUCAUGGCAAGAACUUAUUAUAGAUCAGAGAAAUACAACUACACAGCUGUACGAGGCGGUAAUGGAGUUGGGCAUGGAAUAUCUCCCCUGUGAUCAGUUUAGAAUAGCCAAGUUCAAGGAGUUACCUGCUGGAGGCCAUAUAUAUGACAGUAUUCAAGAAAGUGAGGACCUACUUGUAAAGCAUUUUGAUGUACAAGAUGGCUCAAAGCUCUUUGUUUGGGAUGGAGAGUCGCUUAAUGGAAUGCUGGUCCCUACUGGUAUAGACCAGGAACCAGUCUAUAUAACUGUGAUAUAUGGUGACGGCCUGCAGUUUAGUAGAGGCUACUCCAAGGCUCUGACCUUACAUAAUAUCAAAACUGCCAUCUGUGAUAUAAUAAGGAUACAAGUUAAAAACCUCAGACUAAAGAGAAUAUAUGGUAAAGAUUCAGAAGUGAAGAUGGUUCCUUUGACUAACAAAGAAGAGAAUUCCUGCCUAGCGGAGUUACAGAUAAAAGAUGGGGACCAGCUGCUAGCGGAGGAUACAGCUGAAAAAGGGUCAGGUAUCUCAGAAGAGAGUGUGUCAAGCACUAUAUACAGUUGCAAGUUUGUUGUUCAGGUGGAAAACAGAUGUGUUGAGCUUAGCAAAGGCACCUUAGAGCAUCCAACCACCAAAGUUGAAGUCGACAGAACAAUUACUGUAUCAGAGCUGAAAGGGAUUGUAAUGACAAAAUUGCAUCUUGAAACUAUUCCUGAUGGUGGGAGGUUAAGAAUUGACCAUGAUACUCUCGGCUUAAGGCAACCCUUACAUGAAGAACAGUCAAUAUUUGAUGCUGGUAUAACCCAGGGAAGUCGUCUGGUGCUUGAACCUGGUCCAUCACCGCAGUCUGAUGAGAUUACUUUAUCAUUUACCUGUGAGUUGAGCAUGUCGGGCCCAGAUUACAGUGAAGUCAUAGUAAAACGGAAUAGUACAGUUGGCUCUUGCUUACAAUGUAUAUUAGAGAGAGCAAAAAUAACAGAAGGGGAUUGGCAUUUAAGAAAGACAAAUUGGUGUGGUGAGGCAGCAGAGCUUCUGGAUGACCCAGAUUCUUCAUUGGAAUACAGUCUUGUCAAUGAUGGUGAUGUUUUGCUUCUGGAACGUGGCCGACUUCCACCCAAGGGUUUUAUACGAAUACCAGUAUGGCUUCACUCUACACCAGAAAGUGUGAAAGCUGGGAACCAACAAAAUGGUAGCAUACUGUCAUGGGUGUCAAACUUCUUUGGGCAAUUUGUUUCAGAUACACAAUCAAGUAGAACCAGUGAAGUUAGUUCAGAACCUCAUCCUGUCAAUAUUGGAGAAAUCGAAAUUUCACGAGAAUCCACGCUAUUUGACCUCAAGGAGCAAGUUCUGACUCUCGUGGGUGACCUACCUAUUCCAUCAGUUGAUUUUAUGAGACUAAGAUUGAAGGAGCAGAAACGACUAACAACAGUUCUUAGGGAUAAUAAUCAGACGUUGAAACGAUUAAAGUUGACCUCAAACAGUGUACUAGCUUUACAGAUACUGCCAGAGGAGGAGGAAUUAAGUAGGAAUGACCAGAUAGUUUUGGACAUUUGCCAAAGGAUUCCAGACACUAGUAAUUACAGCCCUUCAGUAGAACUGGUGUGGGAUACAAGUGGUGGCGCCACCAUACAUAGUCUGAAACAGGCUAUAGCCAAUGUUCUGUUUAUAGAAACAGAGCAUAUGUGUAUGGCAAAACAUUUUCCACAGAAGUAUGAAUGGAUGGUGAUAGAAAAGAAUGAUAAGCAAGGGAAUCAAAAAGGGAAGAAAAAAAAAGGACAAGCAAAGAACAAUAUAAAACUGGCGCCUUUCCAUAUACGUGAUGGAGAUACUAUUGGGGUUAAGGAUAUGAGGUAUGAUCCAAACAAUCUGGACAAGUUUAUGACGGAAGAAGACGAAAUAGGAAAGCUUCAGUUGCUACAGGAAAUCGAGGAAAAAAGAAAAAUGAGAGAAGAGCGGAAGAAGUACGAGAAUGACUUUGGACCAGUUCAGAAACAACGUAGACCAGAAGUUGGCAUUACAAUCAAAGUUGGAGACUUCAGUUGAUGUACAAUGUUUUACUUAGUUAUGAAUAAAUACUACUGCUGAAGGACUGGUUGUGAAGUGGAGGCCAAAACUUUUACUCUAAUCAUGAAAACAAAAUACCCGAAAGGGUCCUCUUACUCUGCUUUUAGCGGGAUUAACAUUUGGGAACCAAUGAGAUUUGUGUUAUCUCCUUAACACGCUUAAGUACACUGUAUCAUGCAGAACGUUAAUUUGAAGAGAAAUGGUACUGGAAGUUUAUCAUUACAUUUUUUAUGCCCCCGAAGGUGGAUAUAUUAAAUUCGCACAGUCGUCCGUGCAUGCAUCUGUGUAAAUUCUUGUCCAGGCUGUAACUCUGCCAUCUAUUAAGGGAUUUUGAAAUAACUUGGCAUAAAUGUUCAUCAUAAUGAGGUGACGUGUCCUGCGCAAGACCCAGACCCCUAGCUCCAAGGUCAAGGUCAAAGUUAGAAGUCAAAGGUUAACAGGGUCUGUUUUUUUGUGCAGUCAAUAACUCUGCCAUUCAUCAAGGGAUUUUAAAAUUAUUUAGCACAAAUGUUCCCUAUAAUGAGUUGAUGUGUCCUGCGCAAGACCCAGAUCCAGAGCUCCAAGGUGAAGGUUGCCUUUGGAGAACUUUUUUUUUUUUGCCUUGUCUCAAAAUAAUUCAUACCUAAACUAUUCUUGCAUAUUUUGCACAGGCAACUGUAGCAUUCUUGGGCACAUUUCAGGGGCAUGUAUCACUAAUAGUGACAGCUCUUGUCUUACAUUUAUUCAGGGUAUUAAUUGAUUCUUGCUUUAAUGUUGUGAAAACAGAAAUAUUUGUGAUGAAUAAAGGAUCAGAUAGAAAUCGUAAACAUCAUGAGUAUCUAUGUUUUUUCUGCGAUAUUUAGAUAUUUCUCAAAUUUUGAUUGAUUUUUGACAGAGGCCUUAACUCUAUUAUCCACCAGUAUUGUUUCAUUCCUUGGAUGUUGAGAUUCAGAAAACUCAUCCUAUACACACAAUUAUUAUCGAACACUUAAAACAUGCUUCAACAUGAUUGAGAAUUUAAUUGUAAAUGUAUUCAUUCAUGGCUACAAAAUGUACAUUUUCCAUACUUUCCAUCGUCUUUCAGACUCUCUUUUUACUUUUCCUUUAUAUAGACGGCGAUAUAUGACCAUUUUGUGUCGAUUCGCCGUAAAACCCAACUCACUCGCUCCUUUAUAUAGAAACUGACUAGUUUCCUUUUUAUCAUCUAAAACAUGUUCAUUACCAGUUUGUUUCCAUUAAAGGGAAGUGUUUGAUACUUCUUGAAAAUAAACUUCCUAUUUAACAAAAAAACAAACAAUCUACAUGUAACGGACUAGCCACUGAGCAAUAGAUGGCGCAGUAACAACUGGCAGAAAUGCCCUUAAUUGUUUGUACUUUCAUUUUAAACCAUCCAACCUUGUUUUGAGUAUUGACUUUUAGAUGUUCAGUUCUUUCUUUUAUGAUGAUAAAGUGUUAGUAUUUAAUUAGAGAAAUUUUAUUCAAAAUGUGAAUUAUUUAUAUCUUUAAAAAAUUUAUAAGUCUUUAAGAUACAGAAGAAUCAUUUUAUUUUGCUUUUUCUGUUAGAAAUUGAACAGUAUCCACUGAUUCUGCCCUUUCCUUAGGAGGAGUUGUAUUUUUGAGUAUUCAGAAAAUUAUGUCAUAGUUCAUAGUUUGUUUAUAAUUGUUUGUAAUAGUAAAUGAUAAGAUAGAAAUGAAACCGAUUUAGUUUUUUGAAUUUCUGUAGUCUGUAAAUGUAGAGAAAAAGUCUACAUAUACUGUGAUAAUAACACAAUAAAAAUCUGAAUAGAA